CCUGCGCUUGCGCGCUCCGAGGAGGGUCCUGCCAGGGGGCAGGGCACGUGACCAUUCGGGGGCGCCCUCCACAGCGCAAGAGAGGGGGAACAGCGGGGGGAGGGGUUUUUUUUUCUCGCCGCCAACUUUCGCCUCCUCAGACGCCACCAUGCCGCCUCCUCCGCGGGGCCUCCGCUCCCGCUCGCCGCCCUCUUCCUCCUGCUCCACCUCGCCGCGGCCCGGAUCGGGCUCCCCUGCCGUGGCGUCUCCCGCCCCAGGCCUGUGUUGCUCCGAGGACGCGGCGUCUGACUCCGGCAGCGACUUCGAGGAAGCGCUCCGGGGCCAGGGCGGGAAGAGACCGGUCUGGGGCGCCCGGCAGCGGAGCCAGGUGGCCAAGCGGCCAAGGAGAAGGGACGCUGCCCCGAAGGAGCCCCCUGCCCGCAAGCGCCCCCGGGAGCCCAGCGACCUCUUUGAGGUGGUGAAGUUGGGCAGAAGCGCCACGGAGUCUGUAGUUGAUGACUGGCUCGAGAGUUAUAAGAAAGACAGGGAAUCUGGGUUCCUGGAGCUGUUCAACUUCCUUGUACGUUCCUGUGGUUGCAGAGGUGAAGUGACCCUGGGGAUGCUGAAAGGUCUCCAGAACUCAGAGAUCAUCCAGCAACUGACAGAAUCAUUUGAUGAGGACUCAGCGGAGUACCCAUUGUCGUUGAACACACCGGCCUGGCGACGGUUCCGGGUGGGGUUCUGUGAACUGGUGGCAGUUCUUGUGCACCGUACCCAACAUGCAGUUGUCUACGAUGAAUAUUUGGUGGACAGUCUUGUUGCCCUACUUACUGGCAUGUCGGACUCUCAAGUGCGUGCUUUCCGCCACACCAGCACCCUGGCAGCCAUGAAGCUGAUGACAGGCUUGGUGCGCGUGGCUCUGAGUGUCAGCUUGCAGAAGGACAACAGUCAGCGGCAGUAUGAGGCCGAGCAGGCCAAGGGACCAAGCCGACGGGCCCUGGAGAAGCUGGAAGGGCUGCUGGAGCAGCGCAAGGAGUUCCAGGAGAAGCAGGAAGAGCUUGAGAAUUUGAUGAACGCCAUCUUCAAGGGGGUCUUCGUUCAUCGCUAUCGGGACCUCGUACCUGAAAUCCGUGCCAUUUGCGUUGAAGAAAUGGGUCAGUGGAUGCAACAUUACAGCACUUCUUUCCUGACUGAUGGCUAUCUCAAGUAUGUUGGCUGGACGCUACAUGACAAGCAGGGGGAGGUCCGUCUCAAAUGCCUGCUUGCUCUGCAAGGGUUGUAUCGCAGCCAGGAAAUGGCUGCCCGCAUGGAGCUCUUCACCAGCCGCUUCAAGGAGCGGAUGGUGUCUAUGGUCCUGGACAAGGAGCCCCAGGUGGCUGUGGAAGCUGUCAGGCUGCUUAACCUCAUCCUUCAGAAUAUGGAUGAUGUGCUCACAGACAGUGACUGUGAAAAAGUAUUUCCGAUCGUGUAUGCUUCUAGCCGACCUCUGGCUGCUGCAGCUGGCGAAUUCUUAUACAAUAAGUUGUUAGCGCCCACCGUGUGUGCCACAGGAAAGGCAGAGGAGCAUCAUGAGGGUACCAGAGCUUUCUUCCAGUUGCUGCUUGUCUUCUUCAUUGAAAGCGAGUACCAUGAGCAUGCAGCCUAUUUGGUGGAUAGUCUGUGGGACUGUGCGGCUGCCUUACUGAAGGACUGGCAGGGGUUGAUUGGACUGUUGCUGGAGGAUCCCCCUGCAGAGGGCUUGGGUGACCGACAGGAAAUCGGCCUCAUCAUGAUCUUGGUGGCCAGCAUGCGGCAGGCCACAGAGGGUCAGCCACCUGUUGGCAGGUUCUCUGGAAAAAAGGUGUUUUCUGCUUGGGAGCGCAAAACACAAGCUGAGGACCGCCUAAGACUCACCCAGCACCUCAUUCCACUGCUGCCUCAGCUUCUGGCUAAGUUCUCUGCUGAUGCAGAGAAAGUGGUUUGUCUGCUGGAGGCCCCGCGCUACUUUGACCUGACUCUUUACAGCACUGGCCGCCUGGAGAAGUAUUUAGAACUCUUGCUGGUCCAGCUCCGGGAGGUGGUGGAAAAGCACACCAGCCGUGAAGUGCUUGAGUCAGCUUCCAGCAUACUCCAUGUGCUCUGCCAUCCCGAAUUUGCUUUCCAUAGUCGUGCAGAUUUUGCCCGCAGCCGCCUGGUGGACCAUCUGGCGGAUAAAUUCCAGCAUGAGGCUGCUGAACUGUUCCAGUCCUCCUGUUGUCUGGAGAAAGAGGAAGUGUACAGGGCGGCUGCCACUCUCAAACGCAUUGCCAUCUUCCACAGUGCUCAUGACCUGACCCCGUGGAGUUUCUUUGAUCCCUGCAUCCGCCUCCUGCACCACACGGUGGACACGGGUGAGAUCCCCAAGCAGGUGGUAAUAUCUGCUAUGGCUUGUUCACACUUCUCACUCCUCUGGGAACUGGCCCACCUCUCAGACGCUGCCACCACUGCCAGCAAGGAGCAGUUGCCCAGCCUCAAGGAGAAGGUGACUUCCUUUUGCUCCCUCUGUCAGAACUGCCUUGUGGAUGUGGACCCCGAUGUUCAGGAGCAGGCCUUUGUGUUGCUGACUGAUCUGCUCCUGAUCUUUGGCCCGCAGCUGGUCCAGGGCGGGGGGCGCCAUGUGCUCCAGGAGUUGGUGUAUCGGGCGGAGCCUUCUCUGCAAUCGGAGCUCUCCGGCUUCCUUGUUGACCGUGUCUUCAGCCACAGCCACGCUCAAGACAACGAGGAUGAGGAGUGCCAGAUUGAGCAGCUGCACCAGCGCCGCAACCUGCUGGCUGGAUUCUGCAAACUCGUCGUCUGCGGAGUCUUGGAGCUGACUGCUGCCUCGGAUAUCUUCAAGCAUUACUCCAAGUUCUACAAUGACUAUGGGGACAUAAUCAAGGAGACGCUGAAUCGGGUCCGCCAGAUUGACCGGACUGAAUGGGCCCGCACGUUGCUCCUUAGUCUGCAGCAGUUACUUACUCAGCUGCUUCUGGAGCUGGGGCCAGCAGGUGUGGCCUCUGCUGCCUUUCUGGAGAUCCGGGAUUUGGCACGACGGUUCUCUCUGCUGUUUGGGUUGCACCAGCUGCAGAACCGCCCAGCCCUCGUUGCCCUGCACAAGGAUGGAAUAAAGUUUGCCUUCCAGGAGCCAGCAUCCCCUGGCUCCAAGUUGGGCCUUGUCAACUUGUCCUUCUUGGAGCUGCUGAGUGAAUUUUCCCCACGGCUGCUGCGUCCUGACAAAGCCUUGCUCUUGUCCUAUCUGAAGAAGACCUACCAAGCUCACCUUUCCUCCAGGCACAGAGAGGAGCCGCGUUGGGCCUCAUUGUUGGUGUAUCAGCGCUCCCUGAGCCCCCCGGAGGAUGCAUUGCCCCAGCUGGGCUCAUCUGCCAAGCGAAGACCUGGAUCAGCUGCCAAGAGGAGGCGGCACCUGGAUGAGUCCUCUGAGCAGGGCGGCGAUGUCAGCCUCACUCCUGGCAGCCGUUUACAGACCCCCCUGCUUACUUCCACCACGCUGAGGGGGAAGCACCAUUUGACUGCACUUCUGGAUUCAGGCUCUGAGUCGGAAGAGUUCAUGGAGAGUCAACCACGGCUGGCAGCUCAGCAGCCUCGUGAAGCCCUUCAUAGCCACCAGGAGCAGCGGCAGGAGAAGGACCGUGGUGGCCUGAGCAGGCGCCUGGAUCGGCUGCGCCUGAUGAAAGCUGGAGAGGUGGUGAUGGAGGAGCCAGAGACCGAGGAGGAGGAAGAGAUAAUCUUUGGCCGUGGGCAAGGUAAUGGGGAAGGAUUCCUGAAGUAGUGCCCCUUCUUUCUCCCUUCCCCCCACUUUCUCAAGACGACGCUCCCCACGUGUGUCAGAGAAGGUUGUCUCUCCCUCCCUUGGAGCCCUCAGCUGCACCAGUAGGGCCAUUAGUCUUGCUCUUACUCUUGGUGGCCCAGUGGAUGAGGAUAUGGUUUUGGUGCCUUGGGGGGCUCUGCUCAUCCCCAUUUCUCAGGGACAGUUUGUGUUGUAUGGAGCUUGGUAUUUUGCCUUGUUUCCUCUCACUCUAAGGGGGGCUCUGGGACAUUUUCUGUUGCACUGUUCAUUCUUUGUUGGGUUCUGUGCAACUGUUAGCUAAGAAAUAAAG